AUGGGUCUCUUUAGUCGCAAGGACAAAAAGUCGGCAGUAGAUUCAGCCAAAGGUCCUGGAUCAGAUGCUGGCUCAAUUCACAAGUCGCCCUCCAGCAAGCCCAUGAAUGGCAACCCCUCGGCGAAUGCCUCCCUGCCACAUGUUCCUCUCCCUAGAGCACCUGAUCCGGCUCUCAAUCCUGCCGCCUACCUGCGCAGCAUCUACGCUGUGCGCGAGAGAUCAAAGUAUGUCUUCGAGCUAGCUAAGCGCAACAAAUCGAAGCACUUUGAUGUCGACAUGACAAAGUUCGCCGACACGGCUCGCUUUGUCGUUUCAAUCAUUAACAGAGAUUACGCUCCCGACUACGCUUCGAUCCCCCCACAUGGCCGUUGGCAGCACUUCGACGUCGGCGGCAGACCAAGAGUUGACCAGCUGAUGGCAACAUGGCCAAAGUCUGUCAACGACCAAGAACGUACUCGCAGACUCAUCGAUCUGUUCCUCGUGUCUGUUCUACUGGAUGCUGGUGCCGGUCAAAAAUGGGUUUACAAGAGCAAGGAGUCUGGAAAGAUAUACAGACGCAGCGAGGGUCUCGCAGUUGCCAGUUUGGAGAUGUUCAAGGCUGGCGCAUUCAGCAGCAACCCCGACGAGCCAUGCCAGGUCGACAGUGCUGGUUUGAAAAAGAUCAACGCGCAAUACCUGGCCAAGGGCUUGCAAGUAACAGAAGCAAACCCUCUGGCCGGUCUGGAAGGCAGAGCAAGCCUUCUCGUCAAGCUCGGAGACGCCCUGCAAAAUCAGGACAUCUUUGGAAUCGAGGCCAGACCCGGCUACCUACUUGACUACCUCCUUUCUCACCCAUCGACUCAAGCUUCAUCAGUCCCUGUCGUCCCAUUACCAACUCUCUGGAAUGCCCUCAUGGACGGUCUGGCACCCAUCUGGCCUUCCACACGCACUACGAUUGACGGUGUCUCGAUCGGCGACGCUUGGCACUGUAACGCAAUGCCGGCAGCGACGAAUGCCCCCUGGGAAAAGAUUGUGCCAUUUCACAAGCUCACACAAUGGCUUUGCUACUCUUUGAUGGUUCCAAUGACCAAGCUCAUGCACGUGCAUUUUGCUGGUACAGAGCUUCUGACCGGACUUCCGGAAUACCGCAACGGUGGUCUCCUGAUCGACACUGGACUCCUCACACUCAAGUCCGAGGAUGCCAAGCGCGGUCUCGAACAAUACCAGAUCAACGCCAUGAAGGAAGGACAACCCAACAUGGAAGUCGUUCCCAUGUUUAGCGUUGACGACGAUGUGAUUGUGGAAUGGCGAGCGCUUACAGUGGGCUUCCUGGACGAGCUGUGCUUCGAGGUCAACUCUCAGCUCGGAUUAGUAGGCAGCAAGAAAUUGAGCCUGGCGCAAGUUCUCGAGGCCGGCACUUGGAAGGCAGGCAGAGAACUCGCAGAGGUCACACGACCCAACACCAAGGAACCCCCGAUCAUGAUAAUGUCGGAUGGCACCGUCUUCUAA